GGGGUGAUGCCUGACAUGUACGACUUCAACAAUGACAUUUGGUUGUGCCACUCCUUUGGAGGCCAAUGCUACAAUUUGAUAGCAUUCCAACCUGCUAUUAAUGUGCUGAAAGAAAUUCAAGUUUUCCUUGAUGCCAACCCUUUGGAGAUCAUUACAAUCUUCAUAGAAGAUUAUGUCACAUCACCUCAAGGCCUAACUAAGGUAUUCAAUGCCGCUGGCCUUAGGAAAUUUUGGUAUCUGGUAUCAGGGAUGCCUAAAAAUGGGCAAGAUUGGCCCAUCAUCGAUGAUAUGAUUAGUAAGAACCAGCGUUUGUUGGUAUUCACCUCAAAAUCAGCCAAGGAGGCUUUUGAAGGCAUUGCCUAUGAGUGGAGAUAUAUUGUAGAAAACCAAUAUGGUGACAGUUGGAUGAAGGCGAGUUCUUAUCCUAAUCAUGCGAAAUCAUCUCCCAAGAACACAACAACAAGAUCCUUUGUUUUAGAGAACUAUUUCCUUGACAAUCCUAAUUUAGCAACAGCUAAUAAGGACAACUCAGCUCCACUUACUAGCAUGACUGGUACAUGUCAUGAAGCAGUAGGAAAACGAUGGCCCAACUUCAUUGCUGUCGAUUUCUACAAGAGAAGCGAUGGAGGGGGAGCCCCACAAGCCCCAUCGGAUAAUCCUAGCCAUCCGUUUUUUCUUUCUUUCUUUCUUUCUUUUUGGACUUUUGACUAUAAAAACAUGUAUGCUUUGGGAUGAGUCACUGUUUGCCUAGUUGGUUUCAUUUGUUGUUGAAUUGCACACUGAAACCGAGUUUUAAGAACCUUGCUUCUAGCUGAGGUGAAACAGUAUAAGAACCAUAGACUAGGUCUGUCUUGAUACAUGUAAGAGUAUUUUAGAAGUUUCAAUGUUUUUUGUUGACUCCUGACUCACUUGAUAGUUUAUACUACCAGAUGUAUUGUAGAUUGUUUUUUUCUCUCCAUUUUACUCUUUGAAUGCAGUGGUUAUUAAUCAGUGGUUAUUUUCUUAGGCCCAUUCCAGAUAGUA